AUGGAACAUAUAACAAAUUUUGAUGUUAAUGAAGCAAUAAAAUUAUUCGGUGAAUUGGUAUCAGCUAAUAAGGAAAUACCAAAGGACUCAAUGCUUAAUAUGUUAGUUGCACUUGUAUGUCACAGUGAUGUUAAAGCAAUAGAUAAUGUGUUCGUAUUUGCUGAAAAAUGGGCUGAAAAGCUAUAUUGUC